CAGGGAUUUCAGCUCUACCGAAUUAAGAUAUACGCAAUAACAUGAAUAUAUAUAGGUUCAAUGUGCACUUGGUGAUUUCAGUUGCUUAUUCCAAUGAUUUACGAUCCGAAAGUUCAGAGAAGUUUAUUUCUUAAUUAUAUCGAAUGUAAUAAUCGCGAGUUUGAUUGAAUUGUCCUAUUGCAUACAAGUUUCAAUAUCAGCUAGAAAUUCAUAUCCAGCGUAGUUUUCAUGUCUUGUUGAAUUUUGGCUGUACGAGAAACUUGAAGUUAUCGAAAAAAACUUCAUUGGAUUCAGUGAAGAUAAAUACAUCAUUGAAAUUGCGGUGUACUAACCUAAUAUUGCAAAUCUUGGAUCAAUUUUAAAGAUUAUGACAAUAAUUUCAGUGGAUGAGUGAAACAAUCACAAUUAUCGUAUACUAAGUAAGAUGGUCGGCCAGAUGUUGCUGGAGGACGAGUACGUCAUAAAUGUCAAGGUGCGGCGGCCAAUCGAUGGCCCGUGUCCUCCACCGCCGACGUUCACCGUCGCCUGUCACGACGCAAGAACUUCUGAGUUUGAUGUCACAGAUUACCGCGACCUGCAACGUGGCUUACUUCCUCACGACAAGUUUGCCCUUCCUGCUACCGAAUACAUUGGAGCCUUCACAAUAGGUCCCGACAAACAGGACAAGGUCGGUUUCAACGGCAACUCACUGAAGCCCAUAGAAUGGAAGACUCAAUACGCUCCUCCAGAAGACCAAUGGGACUUCAAAAAGCACACAAGUGUUACGAUGAGGCCAGGAAAUCGGAAGAUUUACACUGAAGAUUCAUCACAAGAAAAAUGCUUGAAAGAUCCACCCGACAGUGGGGCACUUCGCUCGCUGCCACAGGUCAAAGUUUACGGAGAUGACAUGAGCCUUAUAGCCACUAACGUCUUUAAAGCUCCGCCUAAGGAUCAAGAAUCAAAGCCCAGUCAGACAGGGUCACUAUACGUCGAAAGAAUUGCAGAUCAUUGUAAGUCGACCAGCGGGGAACUUUACGUUCCUCCAGUACAGGAAGCUAAGCUCAAGGAUAGUAAGAUUGGACAGGCAGCCAUGAGAGGGAACUCUCGUAGAACAGAAUCUGAAAGAAUUCUUGCUAAAAUGAAUAAGAAAUCAUUCCCUUCCAUUGUCCAGAAACCACUUAAUCCACAAGCCAGAGAAAAUUUGAGUUGCAUUCUUGAAAAUGAAGUCGUUAAUGGCAAAAAUGAGAUGUACGAAUCUUACCCUCGACUGUCUCUCCCAUACAACGCUCCGGCUGAGAAAGCUCCUUUAAAGUUUCCAACACCUCAAGAAUGCACGCGGCAUCCAUGUCCUCGUUGGAAUCAACUGAACAAUUCAGUUCACUUGUCUCAGUCAUCUACACUUUUCCCCACAACUCCUGCUGGAAAAACACGUCACCAAUCUUUCAACGUUCCUCCAUCUCGCUCAGAUUCAUCGAGCAGCCUUCCCACCAAUCUGACUGACUGUCAACCGCAUUACUCCUCAGUUUUCCCAGGAAUGUCUUGCCAACUUGGAUCAUCGAAUUCUUUCACAUUUCAUAACGGACAUUGGGAACAGGAGUCGACUGAUGAAGAAUACAGCGAAGGAAUCGAGUUUUUUCGUACGCCGAAUUCUAUGAGGAACCGGUCUCCUUCUUCCCGUAAUGAUCACUCAGAGCUUCCAAUUCUGCCGUCGAUGGGCGGUCAACCUCCGGGAGAGCAAAGUAGGUUUCAUGAUCGUCGAUCCCCUUUUGACCAUAAACAUUCAACGCCUGACAACUACAUGAGAAAUAAGUUUGACCAUGCGUCUCUACUGUCAGCAAGUAACGCUGAACAGUCUUACUUUGACGGCGAAUACGCAAUAUCUAGCGCUACUGUCAGUGACAGUAGUCCCGAGAGGUGUGUUGAAAGCUCUCUGCAUGGUAAGCCCCAAAGGUACUGCGAAAAGUCUUUUUCUUUUGAUAACCAUCAUUACUUUGUUCAACCGACCAAUCAAAGUCAUAAAAAUCCAUAUACAGAAUCGAGGAAUACACCAACUGGCUCAAUUCUUGGAAGAAAUGCAAAAUACGGUUUACCAGAAUAUUAUCAGAAGUCUGAAUCGAUGAUCGACUUGGAUCAUGAAAAGACCAAGUCACCGCAGCACAUUCGUUUCGCCAACCAAGGUGCAGUAGGACUUGGUCAGAAAGAGAACUUUUCUCGGAACAAAACGUCACGCGGCAAAGCGUGUGAUUUAUUUUUACUAGAACCUGUGCCUGCACGAAGUUGUUACUCAGGAGGACCUUUGCCACGUAUAUCUCUUAUGGCACCAGCUGGCAGUGCGCAUCAGCAGCUGGCACAGAAUCACCAUCUGCCUCCCACACGGACAUAUUUCCCUAAAGAUGUAUACCGCCAGCGCUGCGCGGAGUCACGAGUCAGGUUCCAAGGUGACCAUCACGCGGGUGACCCGAACAGCAGUCGCGCUACCCUCACAUCUCAGUCUUCUCGAGGGUCUGUCAAGAGUUCUGAUGCUAGGAAUCAGCUCGACGAAACCGAUAGUUUUGCAAGAGGCAAGGAAAACCGAUCACUUUUCGCAGACCGAGGGAGUAGACCGGAUCGUGUAGUCACCGAAGACCGGGCACACGAAAUAAACUCUUCAUUUCAGAGAAAGAAACCAGGCACUGCGAUGUUGGUGACAGAACAGCCCCUCGUGUUCGGGUCUACGGCUCAUCUGUACGACAAUCAAGACGGCAGAGAAUCAUUGGAGACGGAGGAUCCGGCUGACAAGUACUUAUUUCGAAAUGAUUCGACUUUGUCCGCAAACGUUGAUCAAUUCAGACAGUUGGAUCGGCAAUUUCCAAACGGGUUCCCGGAUUUUAACGGACAAUUCAGAACAAGCGGAGGAGACUCUGCGUUGAACGGAAAAUUUAAAACGAACGGCGCUGAUUUCUUUGUCAAGAAUUUCGUUAAACGCAACAACGGCCAUUUCGACAAUUUGGGAGGUUUUGACGCCGGUUACUCCUCGGAAAAAUCCCCUGAAGAAGAAGAACCGCCGUCUUGUUUCGAUAUCGAGACGGUACCGUCUAGCCGUGACCAGACAGAGUCGCCUGUUCAUGAGGAACAGACGACAGGAAUCUCUGACCAAGUGGUGGAAGAGAAGUCACUUAUCCAACAGUUGGUUGAAGAUGGCGUCCAGCUGACAACAGCAACCGUCAUGAACGUUUACCCCUUCAUUAAUGAAGGCACCCUCUUCGACGUGACGCUGGAGAAGAACUCGCGUGGUCUCGGCCUGUCGCUGUGUGGAGGUCGUGAAAGUAAAGGACCACACGCGGGCCUCCUGAGGGUGAAGAAGCUCUACCCUCAGAUGCCCGCGUGGCUGUGCGGCCAGUUGCGCGUGGGUGACAUCAUCCUCGAGGCAAACUGUACCGUCAUGACAGGACUUACAAGUCACGAGGCCCUGGAGGUGCUGAGAACCACUCGUACGUCUGGCGUGCACCUGCUGCUGUGCCGCCCCCCGUCUGGGGGACUCCUGGGGGACGACGACGUCCUUGCGUCCCCCACGGCCCCCACGCGUCCCCUGGAGGUGGUGAGCACCAGCCUGCUGGGGGAGCAGGGCGCCUACAGUGACCAUCUGAUGCCCCCGUCACCCCACUCCAUGUGCGGGGAGUUCGAAGUGACGCUGGCUAAAGUGAAAGGCUCUCUGGGCUUCACGCUACGCAAGCGUGACAACAGCGUCCUCGGUCACACCAUCCGCACGCUGGUCCGCGAUCCUGCUCUGUCCGACGGCCGGAUCAAGCCGGGGGAUAAAAUUCUAUCCGUCAAUAACCAGGACUUGUGUGGCCUCAGCCACGAGGAGGCCAUAGCCUUCCUUAGGACCACGCCUGACGUCGUCACCAUCAGACUUUACAGAGACGUGACGCAGACGCCCGUGUCGCCCCUCUCCCCCACCGAGCCCGACCCCAGCCCCCUGAACCCCAAGCCCCUGCGGCAGGAGGCCCGAGACAUGCUGUCCGACCUGAGGAAGCGAGCCUCCCCCCACAGCGCGUCCCCAGGGCUGGACACUUCCCAUUCCCCCUCCCCAGGCAACCCCCGACGGCGGCGACUGCAGAAGUCCUCUACAUCUGACGUCACUAAAGCGUCUAUUGUUGAGCGGUUCGACAUGCUAUUGGAAGGCACGGAGGAAGCGUCUCAGAAUCCUCAAGUUUGUCCAGCCUUGGCAGGAGACCGCGAUCUGACCAACAGAGAUUCAUGUGCCUCGACUUUAUCCGCCAACUCCACCAUAAUUUCUCGCCAUGCGUCGUCGGCGUCAACCGAAACCAAUUCCGAUGCGUCUGAAACCUUGCGACGCACUAGACCUAAUUUUCUAGACCUUGAAAACCGACAAAGCUGUACCCGCAAGACCCAAUUUUCUCCACCUCAUGAAAUAGAAGAUUCUUUCCCAUCCCCGAGUGAUGAUGACGUUAAUUACGAAGAAUAUUUGGAUUCCAUAGGAUCCGUAGACUCUGCUCCUGCAUGUAAUAAUGCGCAGAGUGUAUCACCAUCUUUUGCGUAUAGCCAGCCCGGCUACCAGUCAGUAAAUUUCGGUGCUUCCAACUACCAGGAUCAUGGUAGAAUUACUGGUACUUCAUCAGACUUUACGCUAAGUAGUCACCUUAAGAACACAAGCUCCAAAGUGUGUCAAAAAAGUGGGUUGAUGAAAUGGAAAGGAACAUAUAUGGGUCAAGAUGAGAGUGAUCAAGAUGCCGAUGAAGAAGAGAACGCCGCUGAUUGUGGCCUUGCAAAGUCACGCAGAAAGAAGGUUGUGACCAUUGAGCUGCAUCGCGGCUGGAAUUCUCGUCUGGGUUUCAGCCUAAAGGCGGACGGCGAAGCUACGCGAGUAGUGGCCGUUUAUGCCGGCUGUGUCGCGGCCAAAGAUGGCCGCCUGAAAGUCGGCGAUGAAAUUAUUAGUGUAAAUGAUGAAGAUGUCACCCAGUGGUCUACGUGUGACGUCAUUGAUCGGCUACGUAAGACUCAUGGAAAAAUCGUCCUGAAAGUCCUUCAGCAACCUUUCUGAAAUUCUUUCAGCAGAGUUUUCUGAAAAAUUUUCAGCCGAAUUUUUUGAAGUACUUCAGCAGCCUUCAUGAAGGUCAUUUCGUAGACAUUCUGAAAAGCUUUCAGCCUACGUCAUGAAACUCUAGCUGAUUUUCUGAAAGUCAUUCAGUCAAUAUUCUGAAAGUCCAUCAGCAGACGUUGUCGAGGACGUUCAGCCACCUUUCUGAAAGUUCCACAUCUUUAAAUAUUUCUCCCUGUAGCUAAAUUUUAUACCAUAUUGAAGUGAUAAAAAUAUAUUGUCCACUUUUUUCUUAUAUCUGAAACAUGAAGGGCUCAUAUUCUCUUCAAAGAUGGCGUGCAGCCAUCAAAGCAAUUAUUUAAUCAGCUCUUUAAUACAAUUUUACCAGAGUAGAUGGAGGAACGUAUGGUCCCAUUUAAAGAAAGAUGUGAAGGGGAUUCAGCAUACUCCCGAAAUGUAUUUUCUAUCCACACAAGACAUUGACGUUUUCGAUGACAAUGUUUUUGGAAAUAUUUUUCGCUAAUUUCAAAGAAACGUUCAUGAUUGUGUCGUACCUGCGUUUUUUUUUGCUUAGAAAAGUGUUCCUUUUAGUGCGAGUUUUUCCUAGUGUCCCUUUAAUUAAAAAGUUACGUGAUGUAUUCUGGUGCUUGACUGAGUAUAUCGUCAGACGAAUUUAUUUUAAUUUUUAAAAAUGGUAUUUUAUGUAACGAACUCAGUAUGUAAUGAACUCGGUUAUAUUGUAGUUGGAUGACCGUGUAGAAUGCAUGGACGUAAAUAUUGCACGUAGAGUGCAAACUGGUGUAUAAUUACUUGCUUGAAAUACAAGGAAGAACUGUAAAUCCUAUCAAAACUGAGGAAACCCCAUGUUGAGUAAACAUAGAAACCUUGCCUUCAAUAAUGUACUUGGUUGCUUCAUCUGCUUCACUCAGGUUUUUAUAAUAGUGCGAUAAAAUUCCGACCUUGAAAUAGUUUAUAGUAGCGCAACCGUCUCCUCUUUCUGACACAAGAAAGAGCUCCAGUUAACGGAGCCUUGCUUCACUAGAAAUAAAAAAAAGUUACAAUUUUUUGUAACCUUUUAUAUUCCUGGCAACAAACAUGAAGUAAGAAAAGGAUCAUAUUAUUAUUCUAAUUGUGGGGUUCUGCUCCGUCAAUGUAUCGGAAAAUAUUAUGCGAAUGUCAAAUUAUGACACAAACCAUGGCUUGCAAAUUUCUUCGCGAGUAAUUCCCUGAACAUCGUGAAUAAUUUGUGUGAAAUACGAACAUGUGUGCUAGUGCUGCGGAGAUCGUUUACGUCAAAGACGCAAACCGCUCUAGCGGAUUAACUACUUUGACCAAACUUAUUUAUUCAUUCAUUGUAGAUCUCUUGUAUAUUUAUGUUUUAAGUAUAUACUUAAUUACUGGUUCUCAAAUAAUUGCAUAAUGUGUUCUUAGUUGUAGAAAAGAAUACAUGUAUUGUUUCAUAAAGAUCUGUUUUUGAGCUUCGUGUUCGAUUUUAGCGCUUUACGUUAAGACAUUAUGACACAUUAUUCUGUUUAAUAUUCAUACGUGAGUGUUUCUGUGAUUAUGAAAAUUUUGUUUUGUAUUGUCUUCAAAUAGACUUAUUCAUUUCUAACACUAAGCGGACUGUUUGACACUGGCGAGUAUUUUGCACUGCAACACUCGCAUUCGUCACUGGAACUGUCGUGGUAGAUGUCUUGGUCUGCACAGCUUGUAAUAUUAUGAGAUGUCACAACAAGCAAACGAAAAUGAAGACAAUGAUACGCUGAAUAAUAAUAAUCACUAAAUGGAGACAAUACCAUGCAAGAGGGUGUUUAAUUUCCGAUACGUUUCUCCGCACACUUCGAAUGCUUUUUGUAGCAAAUUGAUAUACAUCUGACUCAGUUUACGUCAAAUAUAGAAGAUAGAUUUUUUCGAUGAAUUUUGGAAUGGCGAACUUUAUUUUACCAUCAUUCGAAGGUCUUGCAUGGUACUCUUUUUUUCUUGCGUACUCGUAUUCUUUUGUUAAGGAAUUUCAAAAUAACGAAACUUUUCCUCGAAAUUCUAAAACGAAAUUUUCUUCCAUCUUCGAAAUAAACACGAAACACGAGCUUUUAUUUUCUGAUAUGAAAAUAUUCUGAUAUAAAAAAAUUAAUUUUACUUUCAUUCUUUGUGAAUUUUGGCCUCGAAAUAAUUCGUUUCUAUUUAUAUAAUUGCUUAAUAUAAUUCUCAAUGACAUUAUUUAAUUCAAUAUAACAUAUCUAGAGUCAAUUUAUCGACAGUCAUGAGUGUAAAUUGGCUUCAUUUGCAUUGUAUUCCUACGCGUUCAGUAUAUUAAAUUUUUCUCUUACUUCAACUCCUUGCGCGAUCGGGGGUAAUAUUUGCUUGUAAUAAUUUUCAAUUUUAAUUAAUUUGAUCCCUUUUAAUUUUUAUCAAUAUGAAACAAUUUGGUCUCGCACUCUACGCGUUUAAAUUCAGCGCAUCGGAAAAAAUAUCCCUCGUCGAGCAAUCACAAUUGCAAUGCCAAUUAUACAUGCAUUAAUAAUUUCAUUACCCAUGAUACGAAUGAACGACGCGUGCCAUUCACAAGUGACGUUGAACAUUUAUCAUGUAUUUUCAUUUUCGUAGAUUCCAUUGCAUUCUUGGACCAACUUUAUUCGUGAUGCUAAUUCGUGGUACGAAGAUUCGUUAGUAAGCGCGGACGCCGCAUUGUUUCACGCUGGCAAACUUGAUGUAAAUAUAAUAAUUAUUAUUGUAAAAUUGGCCGACAAACGAGAUACUAUUCAGUAGAUAACUUUAUCGAACCCAUCAUUUUUCGACUUUCAUUACUCUUAUCUUCAUUAUUCAUGUAGGUGAUGAAACAUCCUGUAGGUGCUAGAUUAGUCUCUGGAUGAACGCAUUUAUAUUAAAAUGGGAAGUGUAUAAUGUCUGGGAAUUUUUCGCUUAUCAAGGUAAAAAAAUCUGCUUUGGUACAUUGAUUUCGGAGUUUUAAGGUUUAUUUUUUAUAAACUUAGAUUACAUGCUCAAAAAAAUGUAGGUGGUGAAAAUGUUGAUGUUAUUUAACAAACGCAUUACUUGAUGUUAUGCAUACAUUCUUAACGUAUCUAGGGACAUGCUAAACUUUAUGUGCAGCCUUCUAGUUGAGCUCUAGGUACCUCAUACAUAGUUAAGAACUAGGUGCAACAUGCAUAAUAAGAUCUAUAGGUGCCACAUGCAUACACUAGGUGACCCGUGAUACUAGUUUUAGUUCAUGCUAUUUUUUUCUUGUUGACUAGCGUUGUAACUUCUAUGCCGAGCACCACUUGUGUUUGGGUUAAAUUAAAUUUUUCAUAAA